UUGUUCCUUUUUCAGUGCAUUUUUUCAUAUCCAAGGUUGUAUAAGGAAGAAAUUUGACAAUCUAACAAGUUUUACUAAAUGGAAGAUCAAUUACAGGAAUGCAUAUAAUAUAUAUUGGCUCCACUGUCACUCACUCACUUUAUUUGCUGUUUGAUGAUCCAGAUUUAGUGUCUCUAAAUUUCAUUUAUCUAGGAUAUUUUAGUAUCUUAUUUAUUGUAAGAGAAAAAACAGGCCAUUUCUUUGGUUAGUAAAUGAAGUUAAAGGGCACUACUAGAAAAUGCAUAUAUCAAAUAUUAUAGCUUGCUUCAGUAACUGUAAAUCGGUUGAAUGUUAACCUGGUUCUCAUAGGUAUUUACAAACAGAUUAGUUUAUAAAAACCAAUUUACUAUUAAAAAAUCUACAUUAGGAUAAUUAUUUUUGAAACCCUGAAGUCAACUGUAAUAUGUAUGUUAGAUAAUACAUUUGCCUGUUGUAGCAAAUUUCUAACUUGGCAUUAUCAUGCCUCCUUCUUUGCAUCUUUAAUACAGCCAUUAAUCUCACUACAAGGCUUUACUAAGGAUAAAUUGCUGCGUAACCCACUUCAACCUCUUUUGUUCAACCAGGAAGCCAGACGUGUUAAAUAGCUUUUUAAAAAAUAUAUUAUUUCUUUUUUGAAAUUUUAGGGUUUUAAAAAUUGAAGUGGUAAAAUAAGAGAAUUUGUUUUGUCUGUUAAAAUUACUUGACAGAAGUUUGCUUUGGAAUAGAGCUUCUGUAUCUUUAAAAAAUACACAGUGAGUCACCCCCUGCUCUUUUGGUAGAUGCCUGGCUAGUGAACAGCUAAGCUGCUUUAGGCAUGUAAUAGAACAUUCCAUUUCCUGUUCCCUUGCUGACACAGAGGAGUGUUCCUGCUGGCAAUGAUCUAAUCAUAGUGCAGUAAGAAACAUGGCAGUUUGAUAAAACAUGGUGGAGACAGCGGCUGAAAUGGAAGCAUAUGUUCUAGAAGACAUUCUUGAGGUGGAGUCUUUCAUUUUGGAUCAGGAUGAUUUGGAAAAUCCAAUGCUGGAAACAGCUUCCAAGUUGCUCUUAUCAGGUACUGCUGAUGGUGCAGACCUCAGGACAGUAGAUCCAGAAACACAGGCUAGACUGGAAGCUUUACUAGAAGCUGCAGGAAUAGGAAAAUUGUCCACGGCUGAUGGUAAAGCCUUUGCAGAUCCUGAAGUACUCCGGAGGUUGACAUCGUCUGUUAGUUGUGCGUUGGAUGAAGCUGCUGCUGCACUUACCCGUAUGAGAGCUGAAAGCACAGCAAAUGCAGGGCAGUCGGACAACCGCAGUUUGGCAGAAGCCUGUUCAGAAGGAGAUGUAAAUGCUGUGCGAAAGUUACUCAUUGAAGGGCGAAGUGUAAAUGAACACACAGAGGAAGGGGAGAGCCUCCUUUGUUUAGCUUGUUCUGCUGGAUACUAUGAGCUUGCACAGGUUUUGUUGGCAAUGCAUGCAAAUGUGGAAGAUAGGGGAAUCAAAGGUGACAUUACACCUUUAAUGGCUGCUGCUAAUGGAGGACAUGUCAAAAUUGUGAAGUUGCUGCUAGCUCAUAAAGCAGAUGUUAAUGCACAGUCUUCAACAGGCAAUACAGCACUUACAUAUGCUUGUGCUGGAGGCUAUGUAGAUGUUGUAAAGGUGCUCUUGGAAUCCGGUGCUAGUAUUGAGGACCAUAAUGAAAAUGGUCAUACCCCUCUUAUGGAAGCUGGAAGUGCUGGACAUGUGGAAGUAGCCAGAUUGCUGCUAGAAAAUGGGGCUGGCAUUAAUACGCAUUCCAAUGAAUUUAAAGAGAGUGCCCUUACCUUAGCUUGUUACAAAGGACACUUAGAGAUGGUGCGAUUUCUUUUGGAAGCAGGCGCGGAUCAAGAGCAUAAAACAGAUGAAAUGCACACUGCUCUAAUGGAGGCUUGCAUGGAUGGCCAUGUUGAAGUAGCUAGGUUACUUCUUGACAGCGGUGCCCAAGUGAAUAUGCCUGCUGAUUCAUUUGAGUCACCAUUAACUUUGGCUGCAUGUGGUGGGCAUGUGGAACUUGCGGCUUUACUUAUUGAAAGAGGAGCUAGCCUGGAAGAGGUCAAUGAUGAAGGUUAUACACCAUUGAUGGAAGCAGCUCGAGAAGGACAUGAAGAAAUGGUGGCAUUACUUCUCGGUCAAGGAGCAAAUAUCAAUGCACAGACAGAAGAAACUCAAGAAACUGCCUUGACUCUGGCUUGCUGUGGAGGCUUUCUGGAAGUGGCAGACUUUCUAAUUAAGGCAGGAGCCGAUAUAGAACUAGGGUGUUCUACCCCUUUAAUGGAAGCUGCUCAAGAGGGUCAUUUGGAGUUAGUUAAAUACUUAUUAGCUGCAGGAGCUAACGUUCAUGCAACAACAGCAACAGGGGAUACAGCACUAACAUAUGCCUGUGAAAAUGGUCAUACUGAUGUAGCAGAUGUCUUACUUCAGGCAGGCGCAGAUCUGGAACAUGAAUCUGAAGGUGGAAGAACUCCUUUAAUGAAAGCUGCAAGAGCUGGUCAUGUUUGUACUGUUCAGUUCUUAAUUAGUAAAGGAGCGAAUGUGAAUAGAACCACAGCUAAUAAUGACCAUACUGUACUGUCCCUGGCUUGUGCAGGGGGUCAUCUGGCAGUGGUGGAACUACUUUUGGCUCAUGGGGCAGAUCCUACUCACCGUUUGAAAGAUGGCUCAACUAUGUUGAUAGAAGCAGCAAAAGGUGGCCAUACAAGUGUUGUUUGCUAUCUCUUGGAUUAUCCUAAUAACUUGCUUUCAGCCCCUCCACCAGAUGUCACUCAGUUAACUCCCCCAUCCCAUGAUUUAAAUAGGGCUCCUCGUGUACCAGUUCAAGCACUGCCCAUGGUUGUUCCACCUCAGGAGCCUGACAAACCACCUGCCAAUGUUGCCACCACUCUUCCCAUCAGGAAUAAAGCUGCUUCUAAACAAAAGUCCAGCAGCCAUUUGCCAGCAAACAGCCAGGAUGUACAGGGUUACAUCACCAAUCAGUCUCCAGAGAGCAUUGUAGAAGAGGCUCAGGGAAAGUUAACAGAACUGGAACAGAGGAUAAAAGAAGCCAUAGAAAAGAAUGCACAGCUGCAGUCCUUGGAACUGGCUCAUGCUGACCAACUUACUAAGGAGAAGAUCGAGGAGCUCAACAAAACAAGGGAGGAACAAAUUCAGAAGAAACAAAAGAUUUUGGAGGAACUACAGAAAGUAGAACGAGAGUUACAACUGAAAACUCAGCAGCAGCUAAAAAAGCAGUAUCUAGAGGUUAAAGCUCAAAGAAUUCAACUUCAGCAACAGCAGCAACAGUCUUGCCAACACCUGGGAUUACUAACUCCUGUUGGAGUUGGAGAGCAGCUUUCUGAGGGAGACUAUGCACGGUUACAGCAAGUGGAUCCUGUUUUACUUAAAGAUGAACCCCAGCAGACUGCUGCUCAGAUGGGUUUUGCACCAAUCCAGCCUCUGGCGAUGCCUCAAGCUUUGCCUCUGGCAGCAGGUCCCUUGCCUCCAGGGUCCAUCGCAAAUCUUACAGAACUGCAAGGAGUGAUAGUUGGACAGCCAGUACUGGGCCAAGCACAGUUGGCAGGGCUGGGGCAAGGAAUUCUGACAGAAACACAACAAGGGUUAAUGGUAGCCAGCCCUGCUCAGACCCUCAAUGACACGCUGGAUGACAUCAUGGCAGCAGUCAGUGGAAGAGCAUCUGCAAUGUCAAACACUCCUACCCACAGUAUUGCUGCAUCCAUUUCCCAACCUCAGACUCCAACUCCAAGUCCUAUCAUCUCUCCUUCAGCCAUGCUUCCUAUCUACCCUGCCAUUGAUAUUGAUGCACAGACUGAGAGUAAUCAUGACACGGCGCUAACACUUGCCUGUGCUGGUGGCCACGAGGAACUGGUACAAACACUUCUAGAGAGAGGAGCUAGUAUAGAGCACCGAGACAAGAAAGGUUUUACUCCACUCAUCUUGGCUGCCACAGCUGGUCAUGUUGGUGUUGUGGAAAUAUUGCUGGACAAUGGUGCAGACAUUGAAGCCCAGUCUGAAAGAACCAAGGACACACCACUCUCCUUGGCUUGUUCUGGGGGAAGACAGGAGGUGGUGGAGCUAUUGUUAGCUCGAGGGGCAAAUAAAGAGCACAGGAAUGUUUCUGAUUACACACCUCUAAGUCUGGCUGCUUCUGGUGGCUAUGUGAACAUCAUCAAAAUAUUACUAAAUGCAGGAGCUGAGAUUAACUCUAGAACUGGUAGCAAAUUGGGCAUCUCUCCUCUGAUGUUAGCAGCUAUGAAUGGGCAUACAGCUGCUGUUAAGCUCUUGUUAGACAUGGGCUCUGACAUAAAUGCUCAGAUAGAAACCAAUCGGAACACUGCCCUUACUUUAGCCUGCUUCCAAGGAAGAACUGAAGUGGUUAGUCUUCUGCUUGAUAGAAAAGCAAAUGUUGAACACAGAGCUAAGACUGGUCUCACACCACUAAUGGAAGCUGCCUCUGGUGGAUAUGCGGAGGUGGGCCGAGUUCUUUUGGAUAAAGGUGCUGAUGUUAAUGCCCCUCCAGUUCCCUCCUCAAGAGAUACAGCUUUAACCAUAGCAGCAGAUAAAGGGCAUUACAAAUUCUGUGAGCUUCUUAUUGGCAGGGGAGCUCAUAUUGAUGUACGUAACAAGAAGGGGAACACUCCAUUGUGGCUAGCAGCAAAUGGUGGACACCUCGAUGUGGUUCAGUUACUGGUGCAAGCAGGUGCAGAUGUGGAUGCAGCAGAUAACCGCAAGAUAACUCCUCUUAUGGCAGCAUUUAGAAAGGGUCAUGUGAAGGUGGUGCGCUACUUAGUCAAAGAAGUCAAUCAGUUUCCAUCAGAUUCUGAAUGUAUGAGAUACAUAGCAACCAUCACUGAUAAGGAGAUGCUGAAGAAGUGUCAUCUUUGUAUGGAGUCAAUAGUACAAGCCAAAGAUAGACAGGCUGCUGAAGCAAACAAAAACGCCAGCAUUUUGUUAGAGGAGUUAGACUUGGAAAAGUUAAGGGAAGAAAGUCGGAGGCUGGCUUUGGCUGCGAAAAGAGAAAAAAGAAAAGAGAAGAGAAGAAAGAAAAAGGAAGAACAAAGAAGAAAACUAGAAGAAAUUGAAGCCAAAAAUAAAGAGAACUUUGAACUCCAAGCUGCUCAAGAAAAAGAAAAGCUUAAAGUUGAAGAUGAGCCUGAAGUCUUGACAGAACCUCCAAGUGCCACAACCACUACUACUAUAGGUAUAUCUGCAACCUGGACAACUUUGGCAGGUUCUCAUGGUAAAAGAAAUAAUACCAUAACUACAACCAGUUCAAAGAGGAAAAACAGGAAAAAUAAAAUUACUCCAGAAAACGUUCAAAUUAUAUUUGAUGAUCCACUACCAAUUUCAUACAGUCAGCCAGAGAAGGUGAAUGGAGAGUCCAAGAGCAGCAGUACCAGCGAGAGUGGGGACAGUGAUAACAUGAGGAUUUCCAGCUGCAGCGAUGAAAGUAGUAACAGCAACAGCAGUCGUAAGAGUGACAAUCAUUCACCAGCUGUGGUCACUACCACUGUGAGCAGCAAAAAGCAGCCAUCAGUUCUUGUUACAUUUCCAAAGGAAGAGAGAAAAUCUGUUUCUGGCAAGGCUUCAAUAAAAUUGUCAGAAACUAUCAAUGAAGGGACCAGUAAUUCUCUAUCUACUUGUACAAAAUCUGGUCCAUCUCCCCUUUCCUCUCCAAAUGGGAAGUUAACAGUAGCAAGUCCUAAGCGUGGGCAAAAGAGGGAAGAAGGAUGGAAAGAAGUUGUAAGAAGGUCAAAGAAAGUAUCUGUUCCAUCAACUGUGAUAUCCAGAGUGAUUGGAAGAGGAGGCUGUAAUAUCAAUGCUAUUCGGGAGUUUACUGGUGCACACAUAGAUAUCGAUAAACAGAAAGACAAGACUGGAGACCGGAUAAUCACUAUAAGGGGUGGCACUGAAUCAACAAGACAAGCAACUCAAUUGAUUAAUGCUUUGAUCAAGGAUCCAGACAAAGAAAUUGAUGAACUUAUUCCAAAGAAUCGUUUGAAAAGCUCCUCAGCAAAUUCCAAAAUAGGGUCAUCAGCACCUACCACCACUGCUGCUAACACUUCCUUAAUGGGAAUUAAAAUGACAACUGUAGCUCUGUCAUCAACAUCUCAAACUGCCACAGCACUCACUGUGCCUGCAAUUUCUUCUGCAUCCACUCACAAAACCAUUAAGAACCCAGUGAAUAAUGUGAGGCCUGGUUUUCCAGUUUCUCUUCCAUUAGCAUAUCCUCCUCCACAGUUUGCACAUGCUUUGCUUGCUGCUCAGACUUUCCAGCAGAUCCGUCCACCAAGGUUGCCCAUGACCCACUUUGGAGGUACUUUUCCACCAGCUCAAUCUACUUGGGGUCCUUUUCCUGUCAGGCCUUUGAGCCCUGCCAGAGCUACUAACUCGCCUAAGCCUCACAUGGUGCCUCGCCAUAGCAAUCAGAAUAGCAGUGGUUCUCAGGUGAAUUCAGCAGGUUCUUUAACUUCAAGCCCAACAACUACAACCAGUUCAUCAGCUUCAACGGUGCCUGGUACAUCUACAAAUGGCAGUCCAAGUUCACCUUCUGUCCGAAGGCAGCUUUUUGUCACAGUUGUGAAGACAUCCAAUGCCACCACAACAACAGUCACAACCACAGCAAGCAACAAUAACACUGCACCCACAAAUGCCACAUAUCCUAUGCCUACUGCCAAAGAACACUAUCCAGUAUCAUCCCCAUCUUCCCCAUCACCACCAGCCCAGCCAGGAGGGGUUUCUAGAAACAGCCCUUUGGAUUGUGGAUCAGCAUCUCCAAAUAAAGUGGCAUCUUCCUCCGAACAGGAAGCAGGUAGUCCACCAGUAGUAGAAACAACAAACACUAGACCUCCAAACAGCAGCAGUUCUUCUGGGAGUUCAUCAGCUCAUUCUAAUCAGCAACAACCUCCGGGAUCUGUUUCUCAGGAACCAAGACCACCUCUUCAGCAGUCUCAGGUUCCUCCCCCGGAAGUUAGAAUGACUGUUCCUCCUUUAGCAACAAGUUCUGCUCCAGUGGCGGUGCCUUCUACUGCCCCAGUGACUUACCCUAUGCCUCAGACACCAAUGGGAUGCCCCCAGCCCACUCCUAAAAUGGAAACCCCUGCUAUUAGACCACCCCCUCAUGGCACAACUGCCCCUCACAAGAAUUCAGCUUCAGUGCAAAAUUCAUCUGUUGCAGUCCUCAGUGUCAAUCACAUUAAAAGACCUCACAGUGUUCCCUCUUCUGUCCAGCUACCUUCGACCUUAAGUACACAAAGUGCUUGUCAGAAUUCAGUACAUCCAGCAAAUAAGCCUAUUGCUCCCAAUUUCAGUGCCCCCUUACCAUUUGGGCCCUUUAGCACAUUGUUUGAAAACAGCCCUACUUCUGCUCAUGCCUUCUGGGGAGGAUCUGUUGUUUCAUCUCAGUCAACACCAGAAUCUAUGCUAUCAGGAAAAUCCUCAUAUUUGCCAAAUUCAGAUCCUUUACAUCAGUCUGAUACUUCCAAAGCUCCAGGUUUUAGACCACCAUUACAGAGACCUGCUCCAAGUCCCUCAGGUAUUGUCAAUAUGGACUCGCCAUAUGGUUCUGUAACACCUUCUUCAACACAUUUGGGAAACUUUGCUUCAAACCUUUCAGGAGGUCAGAUGUAUGGACCUGGGGCACCCCUUGGAGGAGCACCCGCAGCUGCUAACUUUAACAGACAACAUUUUUCCCCGCUUAGUUUGUUGACUCCGUGUUCAUCAGCAUCAAAUGAUUCUUCUGCACAGUCAGUAUCCUCGGGAGUUCGUGCACCAUCUCCUGCCCCAUCAUCAGUACCGUUAGGUUCAGAAAAGCCCAGCAAUGUGUCUCAGGACAGGAAAGUUCCAGUCCCUAUUGGGACUGAACGUUCUGCACGUAUCAGGCAAACUGGAACGUCAGCUCCAUCUGUUAUUGGGAGCAAUUUGUCUACAUCAGUAGGGCAUAGUGGCAUCUGGUCCUUUGAAGGGAUUGGUGGCAAUCAAGACAAAGUAGACUGGUGUAACCCUGGGAUGGGAAAUCCUAUGAUCCACAGACCGAUGUCUGACCCAGGAGUAUUUUCACAACAUCAAGCAAUGGAGCGAGAUAGUACAGGAAUUGUAACUCCUUCUGGUACAUUCCAUCAGCAUGUUCCUGCAGGCUACAUGGACUUUCCUAAAGUUGGGGGUAUGCCUUUUUCUGUGUAUGGGAAUGCAAUGAUUCCUCCAGUAGCACCUAUCCCUGAUGGUGCUGGAGGACCCAUAUUUAAUGGCCCUCAUGCUGCAGACCCUUCUUGGAACUCACUGAUAAAGAUGGUUUCCAGCUCCACGGAAAAUAAUGGCCCUCAAACGGUGUGGACUGGACCCUGGGCACCUCACAUGAACAGUGUGCAUAUGAACCAGCUUGGCUGAUGAGGAUCAGCUUGUUAGCCUGCAGAUUCCUUUUCAUUUGGAGGAAAUCACAAGUGGCCGAAAAAAAAAAAAUUAUGCUCCCAAAUCAUUCUACUGAUGUGCUUGACUGAAGUGUGUAGGCUUUUUGCAGAAGAUCUUACUAACUGACCUAUUUUCUGUGAACAUCUGUGACUGCCCAUUCCCCAUCAUCAUCCGUUUUACCUUAGUUAGCAUUUUUCUUAUCAUUUUUCUUUUUUUCUUUCCCUCUUCCCCUUUGGACAUAACUUUCUGUUGAAGCUGUUCUUUGGCUGGUUGGUUUUAGUACUGUAAACUGCUUCUGAGCAAACACGGAAAUUUAGCAAAAUUAUGUAAACUUGAUCCUGAAGUUUUAGAAUGGCAAAUAAAUGUACAAUUGUUUACAUAACAGAAAAGGCUAAGCAGAAAGUAAAUUUCAAUAUGUCAGUAUAGAGGCUCUACUUUAUGUAGACUUAAAUUAAUGUGAGAUAUGUACCUUCAUAUUCAGAAAUCUGGAUGUUUCCUUCAUACAUUAAACUAUUAAUAAGCAUAACUUUUCUACUGGUGUAAUUUAAAUAUAAAGUAAAAUAAUGGGCAUUAUCAUUGGAUGUUUCCCCACAUUGGCUUUUAAAAUACCCAUCUUGCUUUCUUUUUGGUUUAUUUGUAGCAAGGCACAUAUAGAAGAAAUUUCUGGCUUUUUCAUGUUGUUUUAUUACCUUUUCUCACUUUUAAAACUAAUACACACUUAUCUCCUCACUCUUUUUUCUCUCCUUACCUUUACCACUAAUACCAGUAAAAUUAUCUUUCUGAUAGUGAAAAGGUUCUGUCAAGGUUUUCACUGUAAUGGCUGCUACAGAGAUGGACCAUCUUCGUCAUCACCAGUGGUUUCUUCUAAUUAUAAAAUGUUUAAACUUUCUGACAAUUUAAAAAGCCACCACUGUUCCCAGUCAGCAUAUACAAGCUCUUAAUAUUCUGUUUAUUAAACAAUUCAGUGUACUAUUUUAUAUUGGAUGAUAUUGAUUCUUAACAUUGGCUUUUCAGUCAUCAACAGUCAACAUAAAAAUUUCAAUUUUCAGUAAUUUAGUGGAAAAUAUCUUAUUUCUUUUUUCAAUUUUAAAGGCUUCCUGCUUUUUUACCCUUGUAUAUUAUCAGUGAAAAGGAUCGACAGUUAAUUUGAGCCAAGUAAUAAAAGAAAUUUUGCAUUUGUCACGAAGACAAUUUAUGGUAGACAGAUAAAUACACAGAUUACAGUAUAAAGUCUCCAUUUAACCUGUUUAUAAAAGAUACAGGGCCACACUAAACUACUCAGUGGGAUUUAUAUAUUCCAUCCACUUGAAACAAUAAACAGUAAUGUAUCCAAGAAGAUUAUGUGUCCUACCCUAUCUCAUGGAAAAAUUAAUUAUAUGGUUGAAACGUAAAAGAAAGUAAGCAUAAAAAUCAAGUAAUGUAUA